GCGGCGCGUGGCCCGGCGACGGCUCUCUCGAAAGGACGGGAAGCGAUUCGUGUGCUACAUACGGUCAGCUCAGAGGGUUAUAACUCCGCAGUGCGACUGUCAGGCUCUGCGCUCGGAGCCAGUGGCGUGCCGGCGGCUUGUGUGCAGCGUGUGAGGUUAGGUCGGCGCGGUGACCAUGUCCGAUCGGCGGUGCGCCGUGUGUGCCUCGCCGGCUGCCUCCGGGUGCAGCGGCUGCCACGCCGUCUUCUACUGCGGCAAAACGCACCAGAAGGCCCACUGGAAACAGCACAAGCCGGCCUGCGUGCCGUACAAAAUCGCCGAGAGCCCGGAGCUGGGCCGCCACCUGCUGGCCACCCGCAACAUCCGGCCGGACGAGCUGGUGCUCCGGAACGCGCCGUUGGUGGUCGGCCCCAAGCAGUUCUCGGACGCGCUGUGCCUGGGCUGUCUGCGGCCGCUGGGGCCCAGCGUGCACCUGUGCCAGUGCGGCUACCCGAUGUGCUCGCCGCAGUGCGCCGCCGCCGCCGUGCACCAGCCCGAGUGCGAGGCGACGCGCCGCUCGGGCCGCCGGCUGGAGGUGGACGUCACCGUCAGCCCGAACCCGCACUACCAGGCGGUGACGGUGCUGCGCUGCCUGGCGCUGCGCGGCACCGACGCCUGGCGCCAGCUGCAGCAGCUGCAGGCCCACGAGCAGGAGCGCCAGCUGAGCGGCCGGCACGCCGAGCUCGACGACCACGCGCUCCAGUUCCUGCACUACCUGGGCGUCGACGUAUCGCCGCAGGAGGUGUACCAGAUCUGCGGCGUGCUCGACGUGAACGGGUUCGAGGGGCCGCUGCACCGCGCCGUGGGACUCUACCCGCGCGCCGCGCUGCUCGAGCACAACUGCUCGCCCAACACGACGCGCACGUUCGAGGAGGACCUGACGCUGGUGUUGCGCGCCAGCGUGCUCAUCCCCAAGGGCAGCCACAUCACCACCAGCUACGCGGACCCGCUGUGGGGCACCGACAACCGGCGCUACUUCCUGCGGCAGACCAAGUACUUUGACUGCACGUGCCGGCGGUGCGCCGACCCGACCGAGUGCGGCUCGGAGCUGAGCUCGCUGCGCUGCCCCGACUGCAGCGACGGCCUGGUGCGCUGCACGGCGCCGCUGGAGCCGGCGGCACCCUGGCGCUGCUCCCAGUGUCCGCGCGAGCUCUCGGCCACCGAGGUGGUGCAGAUUACCCAGCACAUCGGCGAGCAGCUGGUCAACGUGGAGAAGGGCAGCGUGACCGCGGCGGAGACGUUCAUCCGCGACUUCACCAGCGUCCUGCCGCCAACACACUUCUACAUGUGCGACAUCAAGACUGCGUUGUGUCUGUUGUACGGGAAGGAGAAGGAGGAGGAGGACGCCGUCCUGACAGAGGCAGAGGCCAAGAGGAAGGAGGAGCUGGCCCGCGAGCUGCUGGACGUGCUACAGAAAGUGUACCCAGGCCAGAGUCGCCUGCGCGGCGUGCUGCUCUACGAGCUGCAGACGGCCAUCCUCCGCAAGGCGCAGAUCGACGUCGAGGGUGGCCGCCUGAGGGCGCCAGAGUGGAGGACGCUGGCUCAGACGUGUAUGGGCUACCUGGAGGAGUGUGUGGCCAUCCUGGAGCGCGAGCCGACGGUGACCACGGAGCGCCACCUGGCGGCGCAGGCGGCAGGAGAGCUGGAGGCGCUCACCAAGGUGCUGGCCGUGGCCGGCUACAAGGCCGUCAUGGCCGGCGACGUCUGAGCGCGUCCGUUCACGGCUCAGUGCCGUCUGAUCGUGUCCGUCCGUUCAGCGUACCUACCGGCACUGAUCGGGAGUCGGGCGCUGAGCUGGCCAGGGGUCCUGAGAUGAGGGCAGCAGAGACGGGAUAGGUUUUGCUAAAAAUCGGCCAGAGAUUAUCAGUCGGAGCUUUGUGAUUUGUUUUUUACAUUUUGAAAUACGAUUUUUGGAAAGUUGUGAACUUUGAAUAAAUGAUGAUGUGUUGCAUAUGAAUGUGGAUUGUUUGAGUUUUUCGUACUGGUACGUUUGACCACUACAUAAGUCCUAAGCGCUGUCUUCUGACUUCCGUCUUCGCUAUUUACUUUAGGUACCCAUAUUUGAGUUUGUCAUGAAUACC